GUGGUUUAUGAACUACGCCUUGUUUUCGUCAAAGUAUGUCAUUCUUUUGAUCUAUUUUUAUUAAGUGACAUAUUUUUGCAUCUAUCAAACUACUGAGACUGAGGCAUUCACAAAGACAAAAAAUCCCUAAAAAAUUAACCAAACUGAUUCCAUGGUGGUGGUAAUUUUUUGUAUUGUUUGAUUUUGAUGGCAAAUUUUUGUUGAAAAACAAUUUUUUCAGUGAUAUUUGAAGGCUAAUCCAUCAAAAUUUUUGUGUAGUGUUUGUCAAUAAAGCGCAACCUGCAAUGUCGGACAAAACUGAAAAAACAGAUAACUGGCUAGGUUCCUGGCUAAAUGCUGCAAAGAACAAGAGCACAGAGGUCCUAGAAUUUGUAAAAAAAGAUUUAGAAGAAUUUGGCUCAGUAGUUAAAAAUGAAGCAAAUUGUGUUAUAUCGUCCACUGGAUCUGUUCUGGAAAAUACUCUCAGUCUUGAUUCUCCCACAUCAACAGCAAGUACCAUGAAGAGGAGUUUUAGUUCAUUUCUUGGUCAAAUGAACAGUGUUUUAAAUCCAAGCCCAGAUGACUCAGAUACAGAAAUACUCAUAGUGGAGAACUCAGAAACUGUAGAGUUAACAAAAUUACAGAAAGCCAUAUAUGAUCUACAAAAAAAUGCAGAUACAUUCUUGAAAGACCCAGAUGAGUCAUUAAGCAAGCAGUUCAGAUGUUGGUUAGAAAUUGUAGAUGACCAGUUGUCAGAUGACAGGAUAGCCAAAUAUGUGAAUAGCUCAGAGAUAUUGAAAAGACAGUAUGCCAAGUUAGUCCCUGAAGUUGUUGAGCAUCAUCUUUUCUGGAAGAGGUAUCUGUUUAAAAAGGCACUAUUGGAAGAUGAGUUUGCUCGACAGGAAGCCUUAGAGAAACGUGAACAGAAAGAAAAGUUGAUGUCAGAAGAUGAUUUGAAAUGGGAGCAAGAAGACUUUGCAGCUGACAUAGAACUAUCAGAAGAGCAACAGAUAAAACUUCUCGAGGAGUAUGAAAAGGAAAAGAAAAAUGAAAGUAGUCCAAAGAAUAGAAAGUUGAUUGGAGAAAAUGUGGUUUUUAAACAAGACUCGCGAAAAAAAGAAACCUGUUCAAGCAGAAGGCAGAGUGAAGAAAAAUUGCAGAAAAAUAAUUCCACGGCUAGUGUGGGCACGCCUAGUAGCAACAGUAGUACUGACGGGGACUGGGAGAAGAUUAGCGAUAGUGAAAAAGAAUUAAAAUAACUAAUAACCAUAUGAUUAGUUUCAAAUGCAGAGCUGUAGUUGUUUUAAGAAUUUCCAUUGCUGUACACCAUUAACGUCUUACUCUUCAGGCUGAGCCAGAGUGUGACAGAAAACAACCACUACUCUGAUACUAAACGUGGAAUUGUUAACAUGGACUCGAGAACUGUUUUACUUGAAGGUAUACCCUAUAUGUUUUUUCCUCCAAAGUUGCAAUGUGAAAGCAGCGGAUUUAAUAGAAUAUAGACGAUUAUUGACACUUAAAAUGUACAGGGUGUUCCGUUUAGAAAGUACAACUUUAUUUGAUAUGACAUUUCUGAUACAAAAAAAUUCUAGAAGGAUAUAUAAAAAAGUUAAGUUAUAGUCUGACACCCUGUGUAAGUUGAAAAAUUGUACAGGACAAGCAUCAUCAGUGUUGCCAGGUCUAGUCGAUCUUUUCAGUAGACAAAAGCCUACCGUAGAUUAAAAAUUGAAGAGAGGGGGGGGACACCUUGCUAGUGCUCCACUUGAAAAUGGCAAAAUCAAGUGCUGGAUUUUUAUGAUUCGUUGAAAUAUAUCGAAAAUAUAUUAUUCAAGAGUUUGAAAGAUUUUUCGGUAGAUUUCGCAUCGAAAUCGGUAGUUGGGUAGAAAAAGAUUAAAAUCGGCAGAUCUACCGAAAAAUAGGUAGACCUGGUAAUACUGAGCAGCAUCACCAUAUUAAUAAAAUUUACGGUCUUUGUUGAUUUUCUUAGACAAAGAAAUCACGAUAUCAAUAAUACAAUACAAUACCGGUGGCAAAAUCUAGCUAAUUCUACUUAAAAACUGGAGGGCAGUGCCCAAAUAAGUACACAAUUAAACUAGAAUUAAACCAAAGAAUCGAUGAAGUAAACAGGCAAAAAAAUAUAUGGUGAAUGAAGUUUUCCAAAUAGAGUUGAGCAACGCAGGCAUUCGUAAAGAAACAUACAUGUAGUUAUUAUGCUUUUAACUUUUUACUACCAUAUAUACAACAACAGGAGCAGUAAAUUUUAUCUAGAGACCUAACCACUUUUGAUAUCCAACUAUAACUACCUAUAACAAAAAAACCAAUUCAAAAGGCACUAUCAUCGAUUAAGAGCUAUACCAUUUCUAGCAAUAUGGCAAAUUAACUCGAUAUUAUAUACUAUAAGAUAAAGUCCAGUUUGUUACAUAAGACGUCAAUGGUGUACGCAUGAUGCCGGUGGUCAGCUCAUUAGUUUGGACGGAUUUUUUUAUAAUCUUAUUCAAAAAUAGUCCCUUUUGACGAAUCUGCAUGCUGCCUGUCCCAAAGCGCUGAAAAUGUUUUUCAAACAAAUUCCAAAAAUUGAUUUUUAAAGCGCUUUUAUUCUGAAUAAGAGAGGUGAUGUAAAAGCGAUACGAUAUUUUAAAAAGCGCGAAAUAUGCCAUUUUAGACCCCAAAAAACUAUUUGAAAAAAAGCAAAAAUUUUAAUUUUGGCAAAAAUAUCAAAACGUUUCAGAACGUAUUCUUAUUUUAAUUUUUUUUUAAAUUAUUAAUCAAGCUCGCGUUCAAUGGUUGUUCGUCGCGGCUGGCGACCACUCCUACAUGUUGCAUCCACGCAGUGUAUUUACUGAUUAACAAUUAAAAGCAAAGACAAUACCUCCAGAAAUGCUUGUGUGCUUUGUUAAUAGAUGUUUCGAGAAUAUUUAGGAGCAUUAACAACAUUAACAUUAUUGUUGAUUCAUAUUGUUUUUCAGAGUCGAAAAUGGCAAAUUUCUCACUCUUUCAAAUAUUUUAUUGCUUGUAUUGAAGUUCAUUACAAUUCUGAAACAGUGGGAUUGGUUAUCGCAGCUACACUCAUGUCUAAAUAACAGCAAUUCUAUUGAAGAUAAUCAGUAGUUGAUUCUGGAUAUUUCUAAAUAAUUUCUUAAAAUUUUCCAGUAUUGGACGAAUUUUGAUCGAUCAUACUCGAUUGUCGAUGUUUUGUAUUGCAUACAUUUCUAAAUAAAUCUCUAUAGGUUUUUAUCUUUUUGCUAUUCUUUGUUGAAAGAUAUAGGCCAACCAGUCCGGUAUUGCUGACCCUAUUUAUACGAAGAGAUAAAUAAAGUUCUCAAAUUGGGAACGAAUAUAAAAUAAAAUUACAGCUCUGUGAAAAUAUGUAGCAUUUUACAUAAUAAUAUUGUAUGAUUAGGCUCCAUUUUCUCCCGUAACAGUUGCGGAAUCAUUUGUAAUAAUUGUUACAAUGACGUAAUCUUUUUAUUUAUUUUUGUUUUGAAAGUUUUAUUAUUGCUAUACAUUAUUUUUUGAAAUUUUUGUACCUAGUCUAUUGUGUAUAAAUACCGUAUUUUAUAAACUGUUUAACGAAAAUAAAAACAUUCAAGUGUACA